AAAGCACAUUUUUGCGCCUACUUGAUCCGCUAGGCAACUUUCGUAACGGAUGAUCAAAAUCCAGUUAAUUUUAGUUUAAGUUAAUUAAUUUCAGCAUACGAAGUGUGCACUGAACUAUGCAAGAAAAUGUACCUUUCCUGUGUGCUUCAAACUUGUUUGAUAUUUGGUUUUCUGUAGGUUGCGAGUGUCGUGAAAAGAGCGAAAAGAUACUGGCCCUCAACAACUUUCGUAUCAUCCAGGAGAAGAUAUAACAGAAAAAAGAAGAAGACGAGCAUCGUUGAAGUCGUGGAUGCGAUGGCGCAGGCAAUGCAAGACCGUUGCACAAUGGAUGAAAUAGCAUCAUCUCAUAUCUGUAAAAUUUGUAUGAUGGAUUAUACAACCGAUGAAAUGUUGAGCAUGCUAUAUUGCAGCCACAAGAUUUGCAAGAGUUGCGCAAAAAGUUUUUUCACGGAAAAAAUUCAAUCUGGUUUGCUCAUCGUUGAUAAUCUUUGUCCAAUUUGUCCGUAUGAUGAAGGCUCCCACGAGCAAUUUGAGAAUCUCGAUUACUCCUGCUUCGAAACGUUUAUGCGAUCUAUAUUAGAUCAGAAUACUUACUCAAUUUUCCAACAAAAACUAAGAGAUAAGCUUCUUUCUGACCAACCGAAUUUCUGCUGGUGCGUAAAAUGUACAUCCGGUAUGUUUGUCAAUAAACAAACAAAUCGAUUCAUUUGCUCGAACUGCAACGAAAUUUUUUGCGUGAAAUGCAAAAGUCCAUGGAAAAAGCAACACGAAGGUAUUGCGUGUGAAAUGUUUGAAGACUGGCAGAAAUCUAACUGCCCAAAAUUGCAGGAAGAUGCGAUCAGCCGACAUAUGCAGGAAAACGGUAUAAAAUGCCCUAAAUGUUUGUUCCAAUAUUCAAAGACGAGCGGCGGUUGCAUUCACUUUACUUGUACACAGUGCGGGUUUAAUUUUUGCUCUUGUUGCAAUAAUGAAUAUAAAAAAGGCUCCCAAUGCAGUCUGUACAAGGAUUGCUACACUAUGGGGAUGCAUUGCCACCAUCCGAGAAAUUGCCUUUUUUACUUGAGAGAAAUGGAGCUUGAAGAUUUGGAGGCAUUAAUUAAGGCGAAUAAAGUUAGUUCCCCUGUACAGACCUUUGAAAACAGUAAAUGCAAAGUUCCUACACAAAUCGAAGAAACGUUCGAAGGUGAAUGCGGCAAACGGAAUUUUGAUUCUCGAACAAAUUUGUGCCGGGAACACUAUAUCGAACAAAUAUGCACAAAUAUCCACAACUCCAAAAUUGAUCCGAUACAAAAAAUGUCCUUGAAGGAGUGUAUGCAAGAACUUCGCAGGCACAAAGUAACUCUUCCAGAUCGAGGACCAUGGGACGACGAUGUUAUCUACAGGACAAUGUGUCAACAGCACAUUCGAAAUAAUAUUCCUUUAAAGUGAAAAGUAACCAUAAAGAUGGUUCACAAUCCACACUGUAAGAAGUUUUCUGUUUUAUUGGUUGACUUUCAGAUACAUUGAUUCUGAACUUUAUUUAACAUUUAUUCUAAUAAAACCACAUUUGUUU